GGGAGAUCGAUAGCUGGAGCUCAAGUGGGGAAGACAUACAUCAUGAUCUCGUAGCGGCCAUUAUUACAUCACCACCUCGACCUGGAACAUCAUGCGAUUUCAUAACACUACAAACCUGUCCAAUUCCAAUUUCUUCACAGGUUUCUCACACAUCCGUCAACCAAACUUCCCUCGUCGAUCAUCCAUCCCACACACACCACCAAACAUGUCGUUCACAGCACAGCGCCUCCGCCUCGUCCGCUCACCCCUCGCCCGGCCACAGGCCAUCACUCAUCCCAAGACGACGACCUAUUCUCGCCGCGGAUACGCCUCAGCACCAACACCCCCCGGAUCCCGAAACUCAAACACAACAUGGCUCGUAAUAACCGCCGCCCUCGGCAUCCCCGCCGCCUACUACCUCCUCCAAGGAAACAGCACGCGCGACCAAAGCGGCCUCGGCCCAAGGUCCGGACCGCCAACAGGGCCGCCCUCAAGUAAAGACCCGCCCGCGUCGCAAAAGGCACCUGGGGAUCCGAACACGAUGAGCUUCAAGCAGGAGGGCCUCGAUAAUGCGGAUACGAAGCAUCCGUAUGCGAAUGCCCCCGGGAAGAGUGUCAAGGGCGAGGGCGAGACGGAGACGGCCAAGCUCAAGGGGACGGUUAGUGUGGAUCGGCCGCAGCGGUAGAGGAAUUGCAGUCGCGAGGGGUGGUUUAUUGAGGGGAGUCCAGGGGACAUUGUAUAGUAUGCGCAUGACCUUUCAAUUGAUGGGGUAUUGAUUUGGGGUCUCGAUGAAAAUUUGAUCAUGUAUGACUAUUGUCGGACGCCAAUUCUCCGAACCAAAGCAAACACAUGUCCAGACAGAAAUGUACAUGUACGACAUCUACUCACUCCUCUUGAAC